UAACAGCCGUGGCUGACUUUUCAUUCUUAUUCGUAAUACACUCCACUACAUACUUUUCUUGCCUUCGUGUUUUGCACGAGUUAACAGACUGUGUGUUUUUAUUUGUGAGGUUAAUAUGCUUUUAAUCAUAUUCUUGAAGAUGACAAAUUAAGGAUAAAUGCCUGUUUGCUAGCUAACACUACAGUGUUACAUGUUUGGCAUAUAAAUGUAAAAUAUAAAGUCGUUAUAGGUAGCUAAACGUGGUCUCCUUAUUGUAUCUUGCUAGCUAUUUGUAGAGGUUCUUCUCGUUUAUUCAGUUCAAAAGUUUCGCUGAUGUGGCUGCUUCUUCCACCGUACUCGCCCACACCUAAAAUGUCAGCAGAUUCAAACGACAAAUACGCACACUUAAUUUUACCAACUCAUUAAUGAAGACUAAAAUAUCUAUUACAAAUAAAGGUGAACAUGAUAUAAUAGGCCUACCAUAAAAUUCAUCGGGGCAUUUUAUCAAGAUGGGUCCCUGUUUAACGUCCAGCUGGCCUAUUGCUGAGAAGCAAUGAGAACCGGGGGGGUCCUGAAACUGGCACUACUUUUUUCUAUUGUGUCAUUUCUGGUAUUCUUCACCAUUCAGCUUCUGGAUAUAAACAUAGAUUUUAACCUUGGAAAGAUUUUUGGGCAAUGCUGGUAUUCAUUCUGGAGGGAUGGAAAUGUCAAAACUUGUUUCUGCACUGUGUCAAGCUUUCGAGGAGGGGGGGCAGGUAUAUUCAGAGUGAGAUUGGAUUCUUCUGAGAAUGAAUCUUCUAAAGCUCCUAGGUACAAGUGUGGAGUGUCCAAACCUUGUCCAGAGGGACACUUUUCCUUUAAGAUGGCCAGUGGGGCUGCUAGUGUGGUUGGACCCAAAAUUUGUUUUGAGGACAACAUAUUGAUGAGUGGAGUGAAGAACAACGUAGGAAGAGGGAUAAACAUUGCACUUCUGAAUGGAAGGUCUGGGGAGCUUAUCAAGACAGGCAUAUUUGAUAUGUGGGGCGGAGAUGUCAACAACCUAAUAACUUUUCUGAAGACCAUCACAGAUGGCACCGUGGUGAUGAUAGCCAGUUUUGAUGAUGCGGCCACAAAACUCAGCGAUGAUGCAAAGAAGCUUAUUUUUGAACUGGGUAGUACCAGCAUUAACUCGUUGGGGUUCAGAGAUAACUGGAUAUUUGUUGGAGGAAAGGGGAUCAAAACCAAGAGUCCCUUUGAACAGCACAUAAAAAAUAAUGCAGAGACUAAUAAAUAUGAAGGCUGGCCAGAAGUCCUGGAAAUGGAAGGAUGUAUUCCUGCUAGACCAGAGUGACUACGUUUGCUCCAGGCACCUCUUAACAUAUUACUUCACCAUACUCCCCCUAUGACUUAAAAAGCAAAGGCUGAUGUGUUUUGGUCAAACCCAUAUUAGGGUCUCUGCUACAAAUAAAUUUGUUGUACAAACAAAUCUUGAAAUCAGGAGUGUCUUAAUUCUUAUAUGCAGCCAGAUUGCCGUCAAAUGAUGUUGAUUGUAUAAAGACUUUAAAAUGGAAGUAAUUUUAUAACUACUACUAUAUUGCUCUGAAUUAUAAGCUGUUAGUUUGUACCAUAGGUUUGUUUUUUUAUCGUUUUUAUUAUUUUAUUUAGUAUUUUAUUAUUUUAUUAUUAGGAUAAAGUUCUGCUGGAUCUCUUAUUCUUGUAAUGAUUCUGUAAUUUGUGUGUGUUUAUGCCUGCCUGCAUGUGUGUGUCACAAGAAAAUGUAAUUUAUCAUAUGUACAGAUGACCGAAAGGACAGUGAAAAUUUAUCAAAGCUCUUGGGUGUUCAGCUAAUCAAACAACCUUCUUCCUGAUUCAUAUUUACUGUGCAGUGAUGCUGAGAAUUCAGGAAUUUUAUUAAUAUACUACAAAGCUGUGCUUUUGAAAGCAAUGAAAUUGAAAAGGAAAAAAUAACUUUUGGCAAGCUACUUUCAAUUUUUUUCAUGUGUUUGAUAAAAUAUAAGCUAGAUUAUCUAAAAGUACCCAUGUCUAAAAAGCUAACAUAACAUCACAUAUCAUCUUUAACAUCAAUGCUGUGAAAAAUGUUAUCGCACUACAUUUAUCAGAUUUAUUUUACAAGUCAGUGCUUGUGUAAUGGAAAACCACUUUGAUCACCAUUGCCAGGGUCAGCUGCAACUCAUUCAAACUAGCCAUUCCACUUCAUGUGCCCAUUUUAGAACAUUUUGUAGUUGGUUAUCCUUUGAUUAUCUUUAAUUAAUUAGCAGCUAAUAAUGUUAAACUUUUAACUAUUAAAGUAAGGUCUGUUUAGCUGGACUUCUUCCUGGUGGACAAAAGGGUUGCCUCUACAGUACUGUGAGUUGGCUCCUCCAAAUAGCUGUUCAGAGUACCCAGCCCAUAUAAAGGAAAUGGGGUGAACUGCACGAAUAUGUUCUUUAUUUAGAAUCUAUAGUCCUAACAGAAGAUUUCAGGGGAAACAAUGGAGAUGGGGGUACAUGACUAAACCUGAGUGGUGAACUUAUUGUGCAAAUUAUGGAUUGUCCAUAACAAACAUAUUUAAAUGCAAGGUUCCGCAUAAAUGCACAUGCUGCCAGAGCACCUUAGGCCAAAGGUGAAUGAUCAGCUUCAUAGAUGGGUCAUAUGACUUAAGGCUGUGUUUUGGACACUCAGGUGAUGAGAAGCACAGAGCUAUUAUUUGGUGGCCACUUGGUGGUGAGUUGAAUUCAGUUCAUAGGGUGGAAGUAGAUGGUCUGGGUUUGCUAUGAAUGAUAUGAGUUAAACUCUCCACAUGCCAAGCUAGAACUGCAGUGAAGACAGUUCAGGAGGUAAAAUGUUGACAAAAGAUGGGGGCAGUCAAUAGUAUUUUGAUCCAUACAAGCUGUCAAGGACCCAACUUAGGUAAGGAAUAUACUCUUACAUUUAUUUUCUUUAAAUAAGCAAAUUUACAAGCCCAAAUGCACACUACUGUCAGCAGUUUCAAUUAAAUAGGUUCUUAAGAGUCUAUCAUAUAUCUAUCUCUGUCUGAAUAGUUAAUUCCCUCCACCUUCCGUCCAAACUCACACUAAAAUGUCACUCAUAAUGCAGUUUUGAAAAUGUGCCAACUUAACAGGUUGUAUAAAAUCUGUUUGGCAUUGUUUUAAAUUGGCAGCAUGGUCAUACCUGCAGCACUUGACCAGAAAAACAGGACAUGCCGUGCCAGAUCCAGACGGCUAAUUAAUUCAUCAUGUAAGAAAAGGAGGCUACACCCCCCCAAAUGUUUUUGGCUACAAGGAAAACGUAGGACAUCUAGACCCUCCUCAAUUAAAGACCUACCUGUUUACCAACCGCAUGGACUUACGACCAGUUCUCCAACCAGUCGGUAUUGUAUACUGCACGAGAACUGGUCAUGGAAACGGCAGCGCAGCAUUUCUAUCCUAUUGGAGGAUACGUUUUCCUUGUAGCCAAAAUCAUUUGGGGGGUGUCUCGGCAAGUUAAGCAUUGUCUUCUAAAACGUCCAACGUGUGGGAACAGAUUUCCAAAAGAUUGUUCCAUCAGACGAAAUUCCGCAUUCUAACAACUCAUGUCACGUGAUCAAUAUAAUAAAGCCUAUAAUAAUCA